UAGAAAGUGAAGCAUCUCUGCCCGAACAGGAGCCACCGAGGUGGGCAUGGAGAGGCCUGCUCCGUGCCUACUGACACAUUGUUCAAUUCUCUACAUGUUCUGGUUCUACGUCUCCCCCUUCCCUCCGUAUCCUGGACCCUGAGAUCCCUCCAAACUUUAAACUCACACCUAAUGCUCUCUGUUGGGAUCCAGACAGUCCAGCGUCUUUUCCACACUCAACAACACAACUGGAAGACUGUGAGGAAGUGAUUCUUUACAAACUGAAGAAGAAGAAGAGCAUCAGGUUGCUGAAGUCCUGGAGGUUACUGCUCCACGAGAAAUGCAGUCCACCCUCCACUGCUUCGGGGUGGGCUUGGUCUUAUUCUCGUUGGCUCCGUCCACCCUGUCGUUCUCCCGCGGUGCUAGCCACGCCUCCUGUCAGGAAAUGAUUCCCGGCCACAUCCGCACUCAGCCCCGGGACCCACAGCACAACCACAUCACCCUGCGCACAUCUGCCUCUUCUUACCUGCCUGGACAGUUAAUAACAGUAAAUGUCCGAAGCUCUCGGGACUUCAUGGGUUUCCUACUCCAGGCUCGCAGUGCGGAGGGUGCCAGGGGCAGGGCAGGGGUCAGGGGCAGGUCCAGAACUGGAGCAGGUGUCAGAUCUACAAGAGUGGGCCCGGUGCUGGUGGGUGGCUCCUGGACCCUUGCUCCCCCUGGCACACACACCCUACGCUGCCUCUCGGAGGGUGACACCCUCACACACUCUGACAAACAACUGAAGAAAAACCUCUCAUUUGUGUGGAGGGCUCCUGAUACACCCAUGGGAGACAUCAGGUUCUACAUCACUGUGGUGCAGUCUUACUUUGUGUACUGGGCAGGUAUUGAGUCUGCAGUGGUGUGUGAUGGGAGUCGUAGUCCUUGGUGUGGGAGUAACAUCACAGCGGUGGAUGGAGGGAAUUCAAUUUUUUCACUACAGGAAGAUGAAGUUACUGCUCUGCCAGCUCUCAGAGCCCAUAGAGCAUCAGACAAACAAACAAAUGAGACAGCCAGCCCUGCUACUACCCCGGGACCCCCUACACCAACAAGCAGUGAAACCAAAAGCUACAAAUCUCAGGAAACACUAACAGAAGUCACUCGUCCAGUCUUGGAGAUGAACAGCUCUGCAACUUUGGCAUCCCUUGGAGUUGAUCACCUGACAAAUCAGGCUGUCAAAGAAAGGAACAGCCCUGUGAUUUUAGGAUCUCUUCAAAAUGCUACCAAAGGCAGUCAGACUGACACCUAUGCAAGUUCAGGAUCCUUCUCAGGUGUGACUGAAGAGGCAGGCACUGACUCAGGAGUACCUGUUACUCAUACAGAGGACCCCAAGAACUCUUUUUUCUCGUCCAACCACCUUCCUUUCACAGCCUCUUUCUCCUCAACUGAGUCUAGAGGGAUGGAAGCUACUACCACUCUUUUGCCCAACAUCACUGUGCAAAACUCAACCAGUCCUCUUUUCCUGCUGCACUCCCUUGCUUCCCUCCCCCCUCUGAAGGAUGGUGAGAUGGUAAGAAAGAUAUACUUCCAGGAUCCAAAACGGCCCACCAUUCCUGAAACAAAAGACACAACAUUAAAUCCCAAAACCACGACCACAGCUAUACCUUCAACCAAUCACAGCUUCCAGAAUACAUAUCCUCCAAGACCCACAUCCCAGAAUCCAAGAGGACCAAACCAGAACCAAACUAGUUCAGGAAAGUUUGAGACCCAGAGUAGUUCAUCGCAGCCCUGGAGGACUAGCCUAAUCAAGUCCCAAAUGAGUCUAAUUAAGGAUGAAAUGGGUAGUCAGUCCCUGCCCCAGAAUCCUCACCUCAAGCCUUUGCUCCACUCUCAAACUUCUUCACCCAAGCCUUUUCUUCAGGUUCAAAUUCCUCCAUCCAAACCUCUUCUCCAGUCACAAACUGGUACAAGUCAGACUUUUCCCUUCUCCCAGGCAUCUUCAUCUAAGCCCUUUUCCAAGUCCCAAACCUCUUCACAAAACCUCAUUCUCCCAUCCAAAUCUCCUACCCUUCAAUCCUAUCUCCAGUCCCACACAACUUCAUCCUUCACUCAGGCCCACCCUCUAUCCCUCCAGCCCCUUCCCAACAAACUCCUGAAUGUCCCAUUCCACUACCAGCCUGUGAAAAAUGUACCCAAAUCUCAGCCUGAAAAUGGUCCAUCUGGACCCAAAACUGGACCAAGGCAAACCAGUUCACCUCACCCUCAGCUUCAAACAACUGCACCUCUGAGCAGCCUUCUUCAACCUCUGAGCAGUUUUCCCCAAGCCCCGCCCCAAACUAUCUCAACUCAAACUGAGUCCCAAUCUGACACACCACCUAAGGCUUUGAGUAUCUCCCCCCAACCAUCAUCCCAGCCCCAUUUCCAAACUGGUGCACCACAGGCACAUACCUUUGGGUGGAAGCAAACUCAGUCCUCAGUAACUCCUCGAUCCAUUAACCCUCUGCCCUUCACAUCUAGAUUUGAGCCAACCUUCACACUGAGUGACAGUAAAGAGGUCAAAGAUCUUUCAAAGAUCAAAACCAUGAGCCCAAUCUUUUCCUCCAUUCUCUCAGGCACUCCUUCUCCUUCUUUUUCAGUGUCUAACCGCCUGUCUAACCUUCAUUCUUCAUUCUUUUCUUUCACCCAUACUUUGCCUGCCUCUUCCCUUGUUCACCCUAGUUCUACCACUCCUCUUUAUCCCUCCAGAGGUUCAACUCUGGUAUCCAUACAAACUUCUUUCACCCAUGCCUUGUUCUCUUCUUCUUCCUCUUCCUACUCCAUGAAGAACCAACCCAAAACAACUCCAGCCCUUACUGCUCUCCCCUCUCCUUCCCCGAUCUCCAUUCCUCCUCAUUUUCCCUCUGUCCAACUUUCCUCAACUUCCCCUAGGCCAUCCUCCUUAACCCCUUCUAACAUACCGUCCUCGAACUCCUCCCACUACCCAUCAUUAGCUCCCUUCUUCUCCUCAGUCCCUUUAUCUACUUCUUCCUCGUCUCCCUUUACCUCCUCCCAGUCUAUCACAAGUUCGAUCUUUUCUUCACCUUCUUCUUCCACCAUCUCCCCGGCCCUCUCCUCCUCCAUUGCCUCAUCAGCUUCUUCCAUUUCUUCUGCUUCUUCUCCCCCUUCACAUCCUCCUUAUUCCUCAUCCGUCUCUACUUCUACCUCAACAUCUUCUUCCUUCUUACUGGGUUCCUCAUCUUCCUCCAACUCGUCUGCCACCUCUUCUUCUUUGGUGUCCUCCCAGUCUACCUCCCCUCAUCCAGAACCCUCUCCAGCUCCCCGUCACUCUCUCUUCAACCCCCUCACAUCCACCUCCUCCCAUGUGCCUUUCCAACAACUCACCCUAGGUCAGAGGUUGCUAAUCCAGAUUGCAUCAUCUGAUCCUGAGCCCAACCUCAACCCACCAACACCAAGAACAGUGGUUCACCCAAACCCCGAACCCCAUCCAAACCUUGACCCAGACUUCAAACUAAAUCUUGGACACGAGUUGAAACCAAACCUUCCCAACAUGGAGACAAAACCCAAAACCAAACAUGCCUCCAAUCCCUCUGGAAUUCCAGACAGGGAAGGGAAGUAUCCAGACAUCAUCCCCAGACACAGUGCCUGGGAGCUGGUCAUGCUGCUGGGCUGCUCAGCUGGCUUGGGCAUGAUGAUGGUGGUCGGCGUAAGGUACAUGUACCGUCAGGCCUGUGGCAAACAGACAGAGGUGACGCUGAACGACAGGGAGAGAGAGUAUGAGAGGGGAGAGAGAGGGAUGAUCCAUGUCCAGGAGUGUGGAGAUUUGGUCAGAGUCCGGAGAAUCAGAGAGAACAGUUUUGUGCUCCUGGCAGAGUAUGAUAUACUGGCAACACCUGGAGACUGAAAUACAGGCUGCCUACAUAGAUAGUUUUAGAUACCAAAAUAUUUCUUGAAAUCAGAGCAGAGGGCAUGAAUAAUCAUACCGGUUAAGGUGCCCUUAGUAACAUUAUAGUCAACCAAAGUGAAAAUGAUAUUAUGAAGUGUAGCACUCUGUUACUAACUGAAAAAUACAAAUAUACAAAGUGACCUUGAUUACUGGCAGCUAGUUAGCCUAGCUUUCCUUUUCAAUUAGCUUCUAAGCCAAGCUAGCUUACAGCAUUCUAAAACCAUGAACAUAAUGGUCAUAAAUGAAUGAAACAAGGUUGUUUUUACACAUUUUUGUCCCAGAAGCUUUGCAGUUAAUGAUGGUAAUGUUGGUCUGUCCGUCUGUCAUUGUUGUCCAGAACACGAUAUCUUGACAGCUUCAGGCCAGAUUGCUUUGUAAUUUGUUGUGGUCAUUCAGAGUACCCAGAGGACCCCUCACCUUUUGUUUGGCACCACAGUAAGGUUAAAAUGUCUCCUCCAACAAAUCUUUGGUGCCUGACAAAGUAUCUCAAAAAGUACUUGGCAGAUUGUCACAAUAUUUGCUGUGGAUAUUCAUGAUCCUCAGAGGAUGAAUCAUCUUUGGUGACUAUUUAGGCUAAACUUUCUUCUAGCACCACCAUCAGGCCAGACUUUACACUUGUACACAAAAAUGUAAUGGCAGACUGCAUUGAAAUCUACUUAACACAAGCUCUCUGGGAGAUGAACCCUUAUUAAUUACUUGUUUUUCCUUGAUAUAGACAUAUAUAAACAAUCAAGUUCAAUAAUCAUUCAGGUUGUGUUGCUAAGUGAAAGCACUGGCCUGCUUGUACUGCACCUAUAUUCCCGUGGAAGGGUGCCAGUUGUAUGAAGAAACUCUCUGCCUCUCCCGUGCAAUGGCACUCCUAAUGUGAUCUUCAAUGAGCUCACUCUCUGGUCGCAAGUAAUAUUUUUCCUGAUUAAUACAUAUAGUGUUGUAACAAAGCCUUUAUUUUUUAAAUAUAUUUUAGAACGUACUAUAGAUUAAAAUAAGUGUCUACAGUUGAUGGACAUACAUGAGAGUUGAGAGAAGAAAAUGUACAACAUGUAAUACCAACAAGGUCGGAGGGUGCUCGUUUAUUGCAGUUAUGAUUUGCUCCAUUUUAAUCAAAGAAACAUUGAAUUUAUGAUCCAGAAACAACACACGGAAGUUUGUAUUUCGUUGAACAGAGCCUGGGAAGUUUUGUGAUAAACUCUUUCUGUCUAAUUAAGAAACAUAAAAGACGAUCUUCACAGCAGUCAUAGCUCUCUGUCCGGAUCCUCCUGUUCUAGUUUCUCAGAAACAACCAUAUCUUUAUCCAAUUUAUUCAAGGACAGUUGAGGAAAUCAUGUUUUGAUCAUGUCUUUAAUCAGAAGUUCCUUGUGUAAUGGCACCCUCAAGUGGGUAAACGCCUAAUGGCACAAUAAUUCAUAAUCAAUCAGAGACUGUCAAUGAUUUCCAUGUUUUGAUUAUGGAACUAACAGGGAACAUCCCAACAACCUGCCAGGAGGAGCAUGUUUUGAAAAUAUAAGUGAAUGCACAACUAAGCCUGUUCAGUUGCGUCAUGAACCAACUCGUUUUGUGUGUACUUGAUAUUGCAGUAAAAUCUAUAUUGCAUUGGACUCUAUUUGACUCAAGUGUUUUACUGAAGAUGAAUUAAACAGUGUGUGAGAGUACCUAAAGACAUCUGGCUCAGCUGAAGGUUUUUUCUCCCACAGAUUCCAUGAGUUUUCAACUAAUGCCACCCUUAGGCCAAAUGAUCAACUUUGGGACAGUAUUUUACACUUUUAGCUGCACCGCCAAUGCUCUACAUACAUUUUUUUUAGGAUUUAAUUUGUUCCACCCACUUUUGUACUGUGGAGUGUAAUAUUCAUUGCAGUCUCUAGGGGCCAUUAGCAGAAGUUUUAUUCUUGUUUUCAGUUUCUUCUUUUCUGUUGAAGUUUUCCAAAUAGCUAACUCGUGCUCAAGAAAAUAUUCUUGGCUAAAAAUUUCUCCCUCCAUAGAGAUUUCUGCCUCCAACAUGUUUAGAGAACUAAAACUACAAUCUACUUACUGAUAGAAAGUAGGAACACGGCCAGGAUGA